AUGUCUGGCCGGAGGGUGCUGGAUGCCAUCCAGUUCCUCAAUGUCUCCAAGUCAAUUGCGCUCAAGCAUUUGGCCAUUCGUCAGCACCAGCUCGAUGUCUACACACGCACCUCGUCCUUGACUAAGGGCAUUAAGGAUCAGACUGAGGGACUGAUCCUGACCGCACAAGCCGCUGCCGCGUUGGCGCGUCGCUUCAACGACGAGCCCUCGCCGCCUCCGCCGACCCCGAGCGCUCCCUCCCGGUCGCCGACGACGCUGGCCGCCGAACCAUCGGCCGAUAAACCCACUAGCUCUCAAGCGACUGCGACUGCAACCUCCCCCGCUCCAGAGAAGGCUCGGAUACUGCAGCGCCAGGCCGAGUUCCAGGUGCCGUCCUCCACGGCACAAUACAGCGGUCAUGAAACGCCGGACAACCUGAAUAUUAGCCCUCAGCAGGAGGUGUACUAUCAACCAUCACAGGAGAAUGCGCCGGACUUGUCCGCCUUGCCUAGAGUGAAGCUACCCAAAGCUGUCGGUGAUACCCAAGAGAUUGGGCAGGAUGGUUUGAAUGCCGACGUCUUCAACUCGGCCACGGGGCCCGAAAAACACAAUGGCCCGGCCAAGCCACAGGAAGUGUCGGAAGAGAUGAUGCAAAGUCUGUUCCAGAGCCCGAGAGUGUCGCGCAUGCUCUCGGGGAAGCCGGCGCCCCCGCCUGCGGCCCAAAGGCAGUGGCCGCCGGUGGACAGGGACCAGUUUGUGCAACAAGAGCUUGCCGAAGCGACAAAGGCACCUGAUUCUCCAGCCGAGACCGUGGCCAAGUCAGAGUUGAAGGAAAUGGAGGAGUUGGCAGCUAGUGUCGCAGAUGAUGUAACGUCACCUGCCGCAGAAGUCGUGACGGGGGAGAAACCUGCACCAUACCAGAUGAUGGAAUCUCGGGUGCCAUCUUCUCGAUUGGGUAGAUUGUGGCAGUAUGGUGGGCUAGCCACCUCGAUGGCAUUUGGUGCCGUUACCGAAACUAUGCGACGAGCUACUGGUAGCCAAGACAGUGGCUCGAUCAUGUUCAGCGCGGGCAAUAUGGAACGUCUAGUAGCCAAAUUGUCGAAGAUGCGCGGCGCUGCUCUCAAGCUCGGCCAAAUGUUGAGUAUCCAAGAUUCCAACAUGUUGCCCGAGCCAAUCCAGCUGGUCCUCCAGCGUGUCCAAGACCGCGCUGACUACAUGCCCGCUUCGCAGCGUGAUAAGGUUUUGACCGAUAACCUUGGCCCCAACUGGCGUGACCUUUUCACAUCGUUUGACGAGGUCCCCAUGGCCGCCGCCUCCAUCGGCCAAGUCCACGCUGCCGUCCUCAAGAGCACCGGCAAACCCGUCGCCGUCAAGGUUCAGUACCCGGGCGUCGCCGACUCCAUCGACUCCGACUUGAACAACCUCUCCAUUCUUCUCACUGCCUCCCGCAUCCUCCCCCGCGGUCUCUACCUCGACAAGACUAUCGCGAACGCCCGUACCGAACUCGCCUGGGAAUGUGACUACCUCCGCGAGGCCGAGUGCGGUGCCCGCUUCCGCCAGCUCCUGAAGGACGACCCAGUCUUCGUCGUCCCCGAAGUGAUGCCCGAAGCCUCCGGCAAGCAAGUCCUCACCAUGGAAAUGCUAGAAGGCGUGGCAGUCACCAAAAUCCAAGACUUUACCCAAGAGCAGCGCGACUGGAUCGGUACACAGAUCAUGCGCCUGUGUCUACGCGAGAUUGCCGAGUUCCGGUACAUGCAGACCGACCCUAACUGGACCAACUUCCUAUACAAUGCACGCACGAACCGCCUCGAGCUACUCGACUUUGGUGCUUCGCGUGAGUAUCCGGAAGAGUUCAUCAACAAGUACGUCCGCACACUGGUCGCCGCAUCUCGCAACGACCGCACCGCCUGCCACGAUCUCUCUGUCGAGCUGGGCUACCUCACUGGCAUGGAAUCGCAAGCCAUGGCCGACGCACACGUCUCGUCCAUCGUCACCAUCGCAGAGCCCUUCAUGCUCUCCUCCCCGGACUUGUACGACUUCCGGAACCAGACUAUCACGGAUCGCGUGCGUGCCCUGAUCCCGCUGAUGAUCCGUGAGCGGUUGGCGCCCCCGCCCGAGGAGACGUACUCACUGCAUCGCAAGUUGAGUGGUGCGUUCUUGCUGUGUGCUCGGUUGGGUAGUCGGGUACCUUGCAAGGAGCUCUUUGCUGAGGCUGUCCGGAAGGCUGAGGCGAAUGGGCUGGUUCUGGAGGAGAAGAAAUAG